GUUGCAACAUAAGCUGCUUUCUUGUACUAAAACAUAGCAUACCUGUUUUUUGCAAAAAUCAAUGUUGAAGAUCAGAGAUCAUGAUCACCUAGUAUAGUAUAACAUUGGAUUUAGAAAUGAAGCUAUACAAAAGUCGUUCUGAUUCUGAUAGUCAUCACCAAAACAUGAUUCCCCGUGAGGAUAAUAAUCAUCGAAACUGCAAACGUGGGGUGCUACUGCCGCUGGUGAUUCUUGUUGCUAUAUUCAUGAACCUGUCGGCUCUGGUUUCAGUCUCCAGGCUUCUGAAAGAUUCUCAGCUUUUCAAUGGCGUCUCGGCGGUGGUUUCAGAAGACAGUCUCCGGGCGCGGGCUGAGGAGGAGGUGCCAAAGUUCGAUAAGCUACUCGGCGGUCUUCUUCAUCCCGGAUUUAAUGAAAGAUCGUGUCUGAGUAGGUAUGAAUCAGUGCAGUAUCUCAAGGAACUAAAGCGCCGGCCGUCUUCUUCCUUGAUCUCCAAGCUGCGAAGCUAUGAAGCUCUCCACCGGCGCUGCGGACCAUAUACAGAAUCGUAUAACAAAACCGUGGAACUCAUCACGUCCGGUGAACGGCCGUUUGCCGCCGGCAAGGAAUGUAAGUAUGUGAUUUGGAUACCUUUCAAUGGGUUAGGAAAUAAAAUUCUGUCUUUAGCUUCAGCUUUCCUAUACGCCAUUGUUACGAACCGAGUCGUUCUUGUUGCUCCGAUGGAUCACGUGCCGGAUCUCUUCUGUGAACCGUUCCCCGGAACUUCCUGGUUUCUGCCGGUGGAUUUUCCGGUUACUGGUUACUUCAAUGGACUUGAUCAGAACUCCGGGUACUGUUACGGGAAUCUGGUGAAGAACAAUUUGAUUGACAAGUCUAAAAUUCCGCCAUUUAUCUUUCUCAAUCUGAAAUACGACAUGGAUCAUUACGAUGAACUGUUCUUCAAAGAUGAAGAUCAAAAGUUUCUGGAGAAAAUACCAUGGCUGAGUAUGAAAUCAGACCAGUAUUUCAUCCCAUAUCUUUUCCUGAUGCAAUCCUUCAAGAAAGACGUCGAGAACAUGUUUCCCGACAAAGAAUCCGUGUUCCAUUUCCUGGUACGGUACCUAUUCCAUCCCACAAAUCCGGUCUGGAAGCUGAUUACCAGAUACCAUCAAGCUUACCUGGCCGGAGCCGAUGAGAAGAUAGGAAUUCAGGUUAGAGUGUUCGACUACGAACCCGGUCCGUUCAAACAUGUUUUGGACCAAAUCAUAAGUUGUACAAUGUCGGAGAACAUACUCCCAUUAAUCAACACAGACGAUAAUGAUCCCAAAUCCAACAUUAUAGCCAAAAAGAACAAGACAAAAGCUGUGCUGAUAACAUCUCUGAGUUCUUGGUACGCCGACGUGAUUCGCGACAUGUAUUUGCAGUAUCCGACGGAGACUGGGGAGGUAAUCCGAGUUCACCAGCCGAGUCACGAAGAACGGCAGAAAGAGAACGAUGGAUUGCACUACGCAAAGGCAUUGGCAGAAAUGUAUCUUCUGGGGAUGAGCGAUAGAUUGGUCACGAGUGGGGAAUCAACUUUCGGAUAUGUAGCUCAGGGUCUUGGAGGUUUGCGUUCAUGGUUGAUGUACAAGCCGGAAAACCGCACAGUUCCAGAUCCGCCGUGCAGGCCGUUCAUCUCCAUUGAGCCGUGCUUCCAUAGUCCUCCGUUAGAUAACCCCACGGCGGCACUUGUUCCUCACGUGCGGACUUGUGAAGAUAGAAUUAGGGGUCUUAAGCUUUAUCCCGAUAUCAAAUAAAAAAGUGUGGAAAU